UAUCUAUCACCAUCUACGGGGGAUCAGAGCGGGACGAUCACGCGCGCACACUCGAGCGCAGGAGAAACUCCCCCUCGCGGAAAACUCAUUCACACCGGAUGACGAGGGCCUGGCGUGGAAGACGUAAGUGAGCUACACCACCGUAAGCCCGUGAACGCAUUGAUGCGGGGAGGGAUCUAUCCAUCGGUGGCAUGUUUGUGUGCAGGAAGGGCGAACUGACCAUUGAGGAUGGGGGGGCAACCAUAUCCCCGUCACCCAACGAACAUGCCUACUUCGACCUCGACCAUGAUCUUGCGGGGAUGCCCGAUGUCGAGCAAGCUGCCCUCGCCGCAACCAUUGACCUCUCCCAGCUCCAGCUGCCGCCAGUGCCUGAACACAAAUGGAGCCCCCAUAUCAAGUAAGUACUCCCAGAGGCUGGCUGCACACACUGUCAGCCAGAUGGGGCCACCCGAUGGAGGGCGGGACACGACACCUGCCUGUGCUGUCUUGUCCGUGUCCAUGUCUCAGAGACAAUGGCUUCGAGUUGCUCCGCGUUCACGGUCCGCCCUCGAACGGACGCGUGGCGAGCCUUGUCCCCUACCGCAAAGAAAGCGGCUCGUUGGUCAUGAUUCUCACCUACAACAGUGAUGAGGGGCACAUCAAGGAGCUCGAUACGGCCAUCGACCUGCCCGAUGACGGGCAGCCACAUGACUACAUCGUUGGAUUUCCGAUGAAGGGCAAGGACGGCGAUGGGGAUGUCUUCGUGUGCGUCGACGGAGACUUGAAGCUGACGGCGUCUCUUUCAAAGAUGAAUCUCACGACAACCGAUGUCAGCGUGGUCCGCCUGGGGUGAGCAUGCUGUUGUAUCGAUCAGACACCGAUGGGCAGGCACCUAUGCCUCCCUCCUGUGUAUGAUCUGAUCCAUGUGUGUCUCUGUAGCUUCGUCACGUGGGGCGCCAACGUGGGCGGCUCUCUCCUCAUCAACAAGAUGCUCAUGUACGUCCCCUCCCUGCCUGACGUCUAUGUCGACGACAAGACAGGAGCCGACACCAACGACGGGGCAACGCCUCAGACCGCCUUAGCCUCGGUCGUCCGUGCGGCAGAAGUCGCCCGGCCGGGGACGACAGUCCACAUUGCGAAGGGCAUCUACCGAGGGGCCCUGAAGCUGAGAAGCUUCGGCCAGCCGGGCAAGCCCAUCAAGUUCGUGGGCGAGGGGCGCGACGCGACUGCCAUCGUCGGGUCCAUUCGAGCUGACUCGCUCACUUGGACUCUGCACAAGGACACUUGUGCAGGAGACAACUUGUAUAAGGCCGACGUGACGAAGCUGAAAGCUGGGUCGGGUUAUGUGGGCACAUGGAGUGUCACGAAGGCCCCUCACUUCGUGUGUGAGUCCAAGGCGCCAGGAAAGUGCACCAGGAAGGUGAGCGCUUCCAUAGAGACAUGCAGACAGACACUUGAUUCAUUGAUCGAUCCCUUUUUUCUUGUCUAGUACCACCUGGCACGCAGCCCCAACUAUCGCCUCCCUGACGCUGACCCCGCCGAGGAGUACAAGUAUCUGAAGGUGACCAAUCACGCAACAUUUGAAGCGGUCACAUAUACUUCUCGCCUAUUCAUUCGUUCAGCACUGGUACCUUGCAGGUAAGGACGGCUGGCUGGCUGCCUGCCUGGCUGGCCGGCUGAGUCAUGCCUGUCUCUGUCUUUCCGGUUGAUCAGACGGAGGGGAUGGCGUUCCCGACUGCACGCCGUCUCCAGGCUCAGACAAAUACUGCGACGAGUCCAACUGGUCCUUCGACACGCUUACCGAUGUGGGACAUUUCAACGAAACGGGCGACCCCCAACCCGCAGCCACCCUCAAGACUCUGCCCGACCUGGUGGGAGCAAACAUCACAAUCAACGGUACGCAUACGUACGAGUGCAGCGGCAAAGAGAGAGGAAACACAUAUGUUUUCUCGUUCUGGUCUUGAUGCAGAUGGCCGCAGUGGCUUCUGGACCAAGCAGUUCACCGUCAAGUCACACAACAAGGCGGAGGGCAAAAUAACGAUCGGUAGGUACAUACAGAUGUAUGGCAGAGAAACAAAGGAACGAACACACUGCACGGAUGUCCCCUUCCAGAUGGAAGAUUCUAUUGCAGAGAUCCUACGUUCCCAGGAAUUCGGUCAACUUGUCGCUGCAAUGCAUCCUUCAUAGCAAUCAAUCAAGGACACACCUUUGGCUGCCUGCGUGUCUCUCUUUGCAGGGCCUAUGCACAUUAUUACGUAUCGAACAAGCUGAGUUUCCUCGACAGCCCCGGCGAGGUGCACAGGCCGAGACAGACAGAGACAUACACUCCUGUCUGAGUGCAUCUGUCGGAUUCUCUCCAGUAUUGGUUCGACGAAACGUCCAACUUGCUCUACGUUUGGAAGAGCGACGACGCCGAAUGGAGUGACAUAGAGAUAAGUACUGAUGCAACGGAUCAGGAGAUCGGCCUCGAUAUGGUCGGCAAGUCAUACAUCGAGUGGGAGGGCCUCACCUUCUCCUUCUUCUACCAAAUCGUGCGGGAGCCAUUCACAAUUGCAAACCCCUCCGAGCAUAACACCUUCAACAAUUGCCGCUUCCACAGCUCGGCGUAAGUACACAUAUAUUCCCCACCUCUCUACAUGCACCCCCACCCAUUGACCUGGUUCGGUGCAGGUUUGGCAUCAAACUGCAGCGCAAGCUGGACAGCAGCCAGCCAUGGAAGAAGACACGGCACUGGAGUUUUACCAAGAAUGGUAGGGGCAAACAGGGGUCAGUUUUGCACUUGUUCAUUAUCUAUACACGGGUGCAGAAUGGUCGAGCAUCGACGAAGAGGCUGUUUGGAUUAAGGCACCUGACGGAAGAGACCCUGACAAUGGUGGCAGGAUCUGCACCAGACGGGAUGGCUUGCAAGGAGCGGAAGGCAGGCAGACGGUGGCGUGUGUUUGCAGGUGAGUCCAGCAUCCGGAAUCUGUACUUCUUCAAUAAUUCGUUCCACCACAUCGGGUUCGCGUAUGAAUGCCCCUAUGCCGUCGCCAAGCAUGCCCCAGCAGCGGUGCAUAUCUGUUAUGCCACUAACGUCACUUUCAUAUACAACACCAUCGAGGUAUGUAGGCGCUUCGAUGCAAGUCGAUCGAAGAACAUAUUAUCUACUGUGCGUGUCUCUCCAUCAGAUUGUGGCGGGCUAUGCCCUGAUAAUCAGGUAUGGUCUGCACGGCAACGACGCCAUCGUCUAUCCCAACAUAAAGGUCAGCCGAAGGCGACAGGGCGUGCUUAUGUCCAUGUUCUGCAUCUUUUGAUAUCCACCAGGCAUCCGCCCAUGGGGAUAAUCUGGUCGCCCGUAACAACAUAUCCCGCGCAUGCCUCAUUAAGGCAGAUGCCGGGUGGAUACAGCGAUGGAUGCAUCUUGGCGCAGGCAGAGACGGAUGCUUUUUGUCCUCUCAGGGCGGUAGCCAUCUCUGGCAGAUAUCCAUUCAGCACUCUCUUCUUUGUAAGAAUGAGACAGAGAGGCCUCACACUCGUCAUGCACGCCGACUACAGUCAUUCAUUCGUUUCUCUACUUGCCUGCCUGUCAAUGUGAUUCCAGGAGAACGUAA